AUGCUCGCAGCGGUAGACUGUUACACCUGCCGUCGCCGUCGUGUCCGUUGCGACCGUGCACUCCCGCACUGCGAAAAGUGCACCAACAGGCACGGGCUCGACUGCUUGGGAUAUAAGAAGCCGCUGGUAUGGAAUAAGGGCGUUGCCUCGCGCGGGAAGAUGAUGGGGAAGACGUUCCCCUUGCCAAAGCCUUCGAGGCAAGGGGGCUCUGGAUGUGAGGCGGUGGUGGUGAAGGUGAAGAAGGAGGAAGAUUCUAGUGGGAGAAGCAGUAGUCCUGAGAAUGGGAUGGGUAGUGGGUCGGGGGGAGGUAAUAAAGCUGGGGGGGUGGUUGUUUUUAGGAAGAGGGAUGGGAGGAGUAGUAAUGGUGGUGGUCGGGGGAAGGUUGUAGGUAAGGGGGAGGGUGAGGGUGCAGGGACAGAAACGAUGGGUGGUGGUGGUGGGGGGGGCGUGGCGGGUGGGAGUGAUGAAGAGAAGGACCCGGGUAGGGUGGUAGUGGUCGGAUGUGGCAGCGGUGUUCGGGGAGGUUGGCUGAGACCUUUCAAUCCAGAGUUUUUCGGAGAUCUCGAUAGCACGAGCAAAUAUUAUCUAAACUACUUCGACAAGCGAGUUUGCAGAGACUUAAUCCUCUUCGAACGCCAUGGAGACAAUCCCUACCGCAACCUCCUCUCCCUCGCAGCUGAGCACCCUCCCUUCCUUCAUGCAGCCCUCGCUGUCUCCGCAAGACACUACUCCAACAACACCGGUUUCCAAGGAACCCACUCGUUAGUGUACAAAGGCCGCGCGAUAAACUCACUUUCACAAGACCUGCAGAAGCCAGACUACGAUGGCAAUGGUGCGACCAUCGUUCGGGAGCCUGUGCUCGCGGCGAUGCUGCUGUUCUUGUUCUUUGAAGCGCUCGAGAGCGGGAAGGAUACGUGGAAGAUACAUCUCCGGGGCGCCAGGCGAUUGAUCCAGUUGAGCGGGGGCAUGGGCAGGCAGAGGAGCAAUCUCUCGUCGUCGUUGGGGGUAUUAAUCACUCAUGUUGCCGCCAUCGACAUAAUCGGAAAAUCCCUCGCCUUCUCCGGAGGUGCUGACACAGACACCCUCUCAUGGGGUAGCACCAGCGGCAACCCAGAAGAGAUCUUUAAAUUUCUCGAACAGGCAGAACACUACUCCUUCCUCGGCUGCCCAACCGAACUCUUACAAGUAAUAUCCCUAGUAUCGCAACACAAAACCCCCCCUACCACUACCACCUCCCCCACGAUACAAACCCUCCUGUCAAGAAUAGCAAACUUUAACCCCCAAGAUUGGGUAAACAGGCGCCUCCCCUCACUUAACCAAAAUGCCGCCGGAACAUCCAUCCCGCGCCUCGACGCGCGCGAACUCUACCACCACGUCUGCGCCUACAAGUGCGCCGUGCACAUAUUCGCCCUACAAGUGCUCACGCCUUCAUCGUCGUCAGUGGUGCGCAAGACGGACGAGCUCGUCGACGAUAUUAUCACGCACAUUGCCAGCUUCGAGCCCGGGUCCGUCUUCUUCAAGGGUGUAGUCUGGCCCAUAUUUUUGGCCGGAGCUGCGGCAACGAGUGAGUACCAGAGGGAGUUCGUCAGAGUGACAUUGAGGAAUAUAUGGAAGUUGUUGCCGCAGUUUAAUAUUAAGAGCGCAGGGGUGCUGCUGGAAGCCAUGUGGAGGGAUGCCGAGGGGAAUUGGAGGGAGAGGCUUGCAAGAACCGGGAGUGAUUACUUGUUUAUUUAAGGAGAAGAUGGAGACUACUACUGUAUGUUGCUUGUGCUAUAUUUCUUCAUUUGAAUAGUCGUAACUUUUCCGUAUGUUACCGGUUUGCAUCUGGUCUUGACACCCCAAAGUUUAAAUCUUGGUCUGCCAGUCUUCAUUUUCCCUUUAUAUCUCUUUCUUCCCCUGGUAUUAGUGGCGUAGGGUCGGUUCGCAAGCAGAGGAGACAUAGGUCAUAAUCAUCAUCUAGGAAUGGAUGGAUAGCGCCGUA